CGAUACGUCGUUACGAAAAUCUAGGAGACUGAAGUUUUGGGUCGGACGUAGAAAGUAAGCUGUCACAGAAAUCCGAGAACCGGGAAGAGGACGAUAUGGAAACGUUGCAAUCGGAGGACUCUGUGAUACGAUCAGAGAAGGUACUCGGUUUCCGAUUUGAGAGCCACGCGCCCAACAACGUCCGUCCCUGCUCACCAGGGGAGACCGUGUGACCGGAUCACCGGGAGUGGCAUAAACCCUGGGGCUCAGGAUCGAAGGGUUUUGCUCGAUUGCUCAACACCUCCACAGAACUGAAAUGUACACGAGCGCACACGCUCUGUGUGUUUAGGGUGACGCGAGGUUCAGACAAGCUCGAGAAAUUGUUCGUAAUUUGCAGCGAGUUGGAGUUUUCUCCGGACUAGCAGUGGAUUCAAGGAGCAUGUUGCCGGAAAUUUGAGCUGAGAAAGUAGGCAGAGACGGAAUUCAGGAGGAUGGAUGCAGGGGCUGAAAAACAUGUGGGGCCGCCUCGCACCAUCGAGAUCUAUAAUUUUGCUGCUGCCCGAUCUGCGGAGGUGCAGUCUCUGUUCGAAGCCGUGAAAGAUCGGGUCGAGAUUUCCGGAGGAGAUGCAUCUUCUUUCUCCCAGGCUCGUCACUUACGACGAAGAACAACGAGCCACCUUCGACGUCUGCCUUACUGGUUACAGAAUGAGCGGAAGAAACAUCGUGGACUUGUUCCGCGGGAACGAAAGAGAUCGAAGAACGAUGAUUCCCCUGUUGCAGCAGCAGCAGCAGCAGUUGGUCCUGAUACCGGAGCUUCCGAAAAGCGAAAGGCAGAUAGACCACCUCCCUGUAGACGUGUUCGGAGGCGGAUGGAGUUUCAGCGUAUCAGACAGGGUGAGGAUGUUGUUGGAAACGACGGUACUCGGCGGCUGGGUACCCAUGUUUGGCACGCUAAGCGAUUUUCGAUGACUAAAUGUUGGGGUUACUCUCUUGCUGAAGGUUUACCCGGAAGGGGUAGAGGAUCACGAUCAGUCUUGAAAUGGGUGAAAGAAGCAGCUGUGUUACACGAUGCUUCCUACUAUGGGCUCAUCGAGCUACAAGGCUCUAGUGAUUUAAUUGCUCGUUGCCUUCAAAAUACCGUUGAACCUCCUAUCUGGUCUCCCAGCCCUACGUCAAAUGUGAAGUUGGCGGAAGCAGAAGGAUUAAUUCAAGGAAAGGCCAUGUUGUAUCAUUACGGAAGAGCGCCUUACGAUGCAAUAUCACCUAUCUCUUUCUUGUGGAGGACCCCAACUUCUCGCUUGGACGCAGGAAGAGUGCGGUCAGAUGAGUCUCCGGCUGACGUAAACCCAGUAGAAGAAAGACAGCUGUGGAUAUGGGUUCAUCCUGGUGCACACGAGGCUGCAUUGAAAUGCCUUUCAAGAACUUGUGAAGAACAGGCCAAGAAAAACGAAAUCAGUCCUGUCAAGUGUCGAUCACGUAGGAGUGAGUUUGCACGAUUGGAGAUCAUGGGCAUGAAAGCCACAGAGGUUAUACGUAAGGUGAUACAUCCAACUUGCCGGGAGGUGAGAUUGCCCCAUAGCAAGACGACCAGUCGACCCUCUGGACAUGAAGGUGUUACUUCUGGUGAAUUCGAAACACCUCUGAAUCAAACGUAUUUUUCGAAAGCUGAGUUUCUUCCUUCAUCUGCCGUUCUGGCGUUGAAUGUUUUGGACCCUCGGCGCACACCACUGUCUUCACCUUCAAUUGUCAAAGCUGAGGAAUCGGCCGUAGAUACUGGUAUGCAUUCCAAAAGGAUCGAGGAUAAUCAGUCUUUGAGCCUCGCCACGGGAGAUGGAGUCGGGAAUAGUCAAGAAGGUCGGACUCGAGGUGAAGCUUCGGAGGGGAUUCAAGGUAUGGCGGUGGAAGAUGAAGAAGAUGCCAUAAAAACUUCCUGGUGGCGCUUGUUAGAGGAGGGUUCCUCUAGGGAGGUAACCGACAGCAGGCACCUCUGGAACCUGCCUUUGGGAGGGAAGAGUGCUAGGUUGGCCCCAAUGAGUGAGAAAAAGCUCUGUGAGAAACGCAAGGCAGAAAGGAGGAAGUUUCUGUUGAACGCGGAGGGGAAUAGUUCAAACUUAGAUGCCACUGACAAGACAAGCACGAUAGACGUAUGUCCCGUCCUUCUUUUGAAAAGUUCGACAUCUAUGUUCGGCGCAUGUGGAUGGACCAUAAUUUUGCCCAUAAAAUGGGUCCAUGCCUUCUGGAUCCCACUCGUCUUUGGCGGAGGGCAUGUAAUUGGUCUUCGUGAGAGGCAUUGGGUCGCCACUAAUGCUGGAAUACCUUCCUUUCCUCACGACUUUCCCGACUGUUCGACAUAUGCUCAGUUAUUGACAGCAGAUGUUGCAGCUCUUAGUGAAGCCAAUAAGAAGAGACCUCCUGCCAAAAGGGCUCCAAGUUUUCUAAUGUCUCCUCUUCAAGUAAUGACAAUGAGAUUGUUUGAGGACAGCACUCAGGCUAGCAGUGCACUCGACACCAAUGAAGCCGUAAGAACUUGUACUGACUCAGGGAGAGAUAUGAGCCAUUUUGUACAUGAUGAAAAGUCUCAGCAAAUGUCAGGCCCUCUGGCUUCCGACGAUUGCACACAAAUCGCAGAGGGAGCGCAAGGUGCAUGUAGCGAAGUUGUCGAAGUUGACAGAUCAGCUCCAGAUUCUGGUUCCAUAGUGGUUACGUUGUCAACUGAAAUGCAUCCUCAACUCGAGGGAGAAUUGUCCACUGAGCGUCAGAACGGCGAUGCGAGGGCUUCAUCUGGCCCAUUCGAGUCGCCUGCUGAAGUUCCAAAUACUUAUCAUGCUUCAAACCCUGACGGCGUAGUUGUAUCUACAGCGUUGGUAUCGGACUCGGUUCUUUCGAACCCUCAUGGUGAUACCGUGGAGGGAAGUGCGACUGACGCUGCCGCCAGUAUCGAUGGUAAAAGCGUGGACGUUUCGAAUACUUCAGACACUGAGCGUGGAUGUGGAGAGUGCGAAGUAGUAGCCACAGAAGAUACUAUCAUGAGUGAUGGGAUAUGUGAGACGGAAGGUGAGAAGGUUGGAGCUGCAGAAAGCAAUAGCGACCGUGGAGAAAAGAAUUCCCAUUUUUUCUUCGUGGCCAGGACACAGGAUGCUUUACUAGAAUCGUUGAAGAAAAGCGGAUCCGAACCUCUGCUCUUUCUUCAUCGUGAAAUCACGAGUAGAGGUACAGACGAUCUCCAGCAGGAGAGCCUCUCUGCAUCUGCGUCUUUGAGUGGCGAUAACAAGCUGUGCUACGUCAGGGUUUUGGUAUCCGUUCCUCGGAAAGGCGUUCUCGAAGAAGGGGCUGUGAUAUGCUUACCGUUUGCAGAAGAUUCUGAUGCUUUUGUCAGAUUCAAACAUUGGCAAGGCCCUGAUACAGUACAACCGAAGGAUGCGAAGCGCAAGAAAAAAUGCAAGGGCAAGGGAAAGGGCAAGAUAGAGGAGUCAGUAAAUGCUAGUCAUGGAACAAAGGAAGAACUUAAGGACAGCUACGAGAAAGCCGAAGCGUUCUGUGAGGCUUGGAGCAACAAUCGUAGAUGCAUAGGCUUGAUAACAUCUAGUGCCCCUCGCGGCAGCACGGGCCCGUGCUUGGGAAUCUGUGACGUUGGAGCUUUAUUGAAACUAAGAGCAUUUCAAAAUCUACUAAAAAAACGGUGGGACAGGACGGAGAUUUUUGUCUUAGCGGGUAAUAAGUAUUCUACUAAAUUGCGUCCUGCUCUGAUCUCUCUACAUAUGGAAAAAGCGGAAAACGACCUUGAUUGGAUGUAGACAGUUCAAGCAGUAAUUCUAAUUUGUUGAAAUCCUUCUUAUUGCAUUGAGCGCUUUUUACUGAUGCAGGCUUCUUAUUCAUGAUUUUGUUUCACCCAUAUCUUCAUUCAAUGAGCGGCACUUAAAAUAAUGAACAC